GAGGGGUUUGCCAUUGCCAUUGCCAUUGCCUUCUCCGGCCGCCGUGCGUUCGUUGUUUCCGCCUCUCGAGGUUCCGGCCGUGCGGUCGUUGUUUGGUUCGGUGGGCGGCCCCGCGGCUGCGCGGGGUCGCUUCUGCGGGCUUGGUCGCCAUCGGCGGCGGCUCGGUGGUCGCGGUCGCCGGUCUUCCUUCUUGCCCCGUGGCCCCGCCCUUUGUUCUCCGUUAGGUGCCGUCGACGGGCAGGCGGGCCUUCCUUGAGGCAGCCAUGCCAGGCGCAGCGGAGGGCCCCGUUCCGUCAAGUUUGAUGGAUACGCCUCUUACGGAGGAAAGAAGGGCGGCUAGGCGAGUUCGCCGGAGAGUUUGCCCCUCUGGCUCGCCAACUGCUCCGACUCAUGGCGGGUCAGACGACGCACAAGAAAUGAGCACAGAUUCUACCGAGGUAUCAAGCAGUGAUUGUUACAUUCAGUUGUCAAGUGAAAGUUCAGACGACGGAUACGAAAAUAGAAGCUCGGGCCAUCGCAGAAAACGACGCAAGACGUCUGUGAUAUCCUCUGCAUCCGAGCAAUCAGGGGAAGACAGUCCUUCUGCAUACGAGUCUCUUGAGUCGGAUGAUGUUCAGAUAACUCCAGGGCAAGAUUAUGUGUUACCGCAAAGGUGUGAUCUAUCUAACGCCGAAAAGAACAGAGUAGUUGCGCUUAUCAAAGAAAUCAAACCUAAAGUUACUGUUUUUGUGGCUAUCAUGUUGAGGUCUUACUCUUCAUAUGUGACCAUUCCUAAGGAUUACGCUGUUGAGCACUUUCCACAUGAAAGUGCAACCGUCACGCUCCAGAGUCCAGGCAAGAACAAGAAAUGGCAUCCCAGAUUCUACAAGAAAGGAACUAUGAUCAAGCUUACGGGCACUUGGUUACACUUUGUGCGUGAUAAUGGUGUGCAUGUGGGAGAUAUCUGCAUUUUUGUACCCGCAAAAGGUGGAAAACCAUUCACGUUUACAGUCCAUCUACUUCCCAAAGAAACAACUGAUUCUCAAACUGAAGUUUCUCAUGAAUCUUCGGAGUGUGAGGACUCUCAUGGUCAGCCGCCCUACGUUUUACCAUAUGGAGCCCGUCUAUCUCCCUCUGAGAGGAGUGCCGUUCAAAAGAAAGUGCACUCCAUCCAAUCUGAAGUUCCAAUUUACGUGUCAAUCAUGACAAAGAGCAACCUUGGUUCCAGGCACAUGGAAUUGAGUAAACGAUAUGCCGCUGAACAUCUCCCCCACAGAAAUGUAACUUUGAUGUUCCAGUACAUGGGAAAGACAUGGAAUAUCAAUAUGUUGUUUCAUGAUCGGAAGUACCCCAAAAGGUGGUACCUUAUUGGAGGUUGGUCCAAAUUUAUCGCUGACAACAGUCUGCGAUUAGGAGAUAUCUGUCUCUUUGAACUGAAAAAGGACAAGAAGGAGCUUACCGUAAUAGUCCAUCUACUUCGCAAAGAGAGUAUCGAUCACCCCUCUGGUGGAAGUCCUGUUCCGGACUUGAAUUAUAUGAGGGCAAGCACAAUGAUUGCCUCAACAGUGCGUGUUGGGGAGGAGCCAGAUGACGAAGAAGAAACCUCCUCUUCAGCGCGUGAAGAAGAAGGAUUCGAUGACGAGCCUAUCGAGCAUAACCAUUCCGAGGGAGUCUCUAAGGCACACGUGCCCACUGCUCCAUGCUCAGAGAGUAAUGCGUCUGGAAUGAGCCUGUCAUCGGAAGCUAGAGAGCAAGCUGCUGGUUGUUCAAAGAAAAGUUUUGCAACAGAAUUUCCAAAUAAGCCUAGCUCCACUACGGAACACAACAGGAUUAUCCACACUAAAAUAACGGCAGCAUCAGAAGUUAUUGGUUUGUCAGACUACACGAUCCACAACAGUUGUGAUAGCAUUGAUUCACAAGGAGGAGAGUCUCUUGCUGUUCAACAGCAAUCGAGUCCUAGUCCUGGAAUUGGCAAUUCAAUUAAUCGGGAUUCUUCAAGUGGCGACCAUAGAAGGGCUGAACAUGUGGAGGGAGAGAGUGAUGUUGCUUUACAGUCAUUAGUAAGAGUUACAGGCCAGCAGGUACGCAAUGCUGAAAAGGAAGUUAAUGCCAGCGGUGGAGACAAUACUCUUGCAGAUCUACCUCAUCAUGUGGCAGCUGUGCCCAGCCAGGGUGCUUUACCCAUGCCUAAGGAAAAAACCGAUACUCAGACAAAUCGAUCUGUCCAACUAGAUGUAGCGCAAGCACAACCUCCACAAGGAGAGGUAGGGCAAGCAGGUCUGUCUGGUGUGGCAUCGCCUCAGCCUUUACAACCUGAAAUGCAAGCAUCAACGUCUAGGGAAAUUGAAGCUCAGAUGAAUGUUGUAAUUCAGUCUGCCCAACCAAGUGUAGCGCCAUCACAACUUGCGCAAGGAGAGGCAGAACAAGAUCUGUCUGGUUUAGCUUCACCUUCACAACCUGAAACCCGACCGUCAAUAUCUGGGUUUGUUGAAACUCGGUCCAAUCUUGUAACUCGGUCUGUCCAACAAAGUAUAGCACCCGUACAAUUUGCACAAGAACAAGCAGAUCUGUCUGGUGUAGCAUCUGCUCAGCCCUUGGUACCUGAAAUGCAGCCAUCAAACCCAUUUUCAAAUAUUCCGCUCGAAAGAACACACCCAAAUCGGAGUCAAUCAAGUCGUCAACCAGAGGCCGCAGCUGGUUCUGCCCAGCCUGCACAACUCUUUCCGGAGCCGUUGAUGAUGUUUAAUCACCCACCAAUUGGUGAUGAACCACUGAAAAAUGAGCUGCACAGGUUACGGUUACACAUUGACUCACUCGAUAAAAUCUAUGAAUUAAAGCAAUCGCAACUUCAGACAGAGUGCAGCCAAGAAAUAGAGAAGAUAAAACAAAAGUAUGAUUUGUUACUUGAGGAACGGGAUUCUGUUCACCUUGAGCAAAUGAAGACACUUGAUGGUUUAUUGGAGAAAGUUGUCUUCCACCAAUCCCUAUCGGCCGAUUUCCGAGCCAAAUUCAUAUCAUCAUCUGCAGCACAAGCAAAAGCCUAUAGCCCUCCAAUUCAUCAGACACCUCAGGCUUCUCAGCAAGCACCCACGAGGCUGUCAGGUGUGACAUCAACUUCGCUGCCAGCUGGUCGACCAGUAGUGCCUGGAGAUACACAGCCAUCACAUGUGGAUCGACCAUCAACAUCGGCAUCAUCACAGGCGCCUCGUCCACCAUUGCCAUCUCCACCAGUGGUUCGGCCUCCCAUAAACCCUGGCAACCUUGUUAGAACGACAGGAGCUCAUCCAAGUCACAUGCCUCGAGUUCCACUUCCACCACGUGGAAGCCAUAGAGUUCCGAGCGCGCCUGCUCCUCAUCUUCAGCACAGAUUGCCGCCGCGGACGCAUACCACAGCCCCUGCAAAUCAGAGGCAGCAGCAGCAGCAUGCCACAUCUGCAAGCCCGCAGUCUUCGCAUGUGGUUCCCCCCGUGAGCUCAUCACCCUUGCCGCCAUCAAGUUCACAACCAACUGACCAUGGUUCGUCGACUCGCAUGGAUGUGGAAGUGGUAUGCCUGUCUGACGAUGAUGAGUGAGGAAGAGGAAUUAGACUAAUGACUAGAGAGUAGGGGUAGGGAGCCUGACUAGUAAUGGCCGAUUAACCCAUUCAUUCGGCUCCAUGUUUGAGACGCUGCAGGCACAGCCGUAGUACCCCGCCCUGUAUAUGACCGUCCUAGCUACCUGAUGUUGCUGUACAUUGCAAACCACCAGGUGUUAAGAAUGUGUACUGUUUGUCCUCUCCAUCUUAAAUACGGGUCCUCAUCUCAUGCUGAA